AUGGAAGCUCUGCCUUCUAAGCAACUCCAUCCAUCAGGAGAGCCACUGCCAUGCAGCCUCACAGCCUCACAGCCUGCAGCCUCAGCUGACCUUGCCAACCUCCAUCACGACAUCUCCAGUCACCAGAUUGGAAGCAAGGAAGGACAUAAAAAUGUGGACAACUCUACUGCAGCACUGGAAUGGGCUAUCUUUAAGUUCCAUGAGGAUUGCAUAGCGGCUGCAGAUCUUGCUCUUAAAAACCUUGGAGUCACCCUGGACCCCUGCCUCUCUUAUUCCCAGCACAUCUCCACUCUGGCACGCACUUGCAGAUUCUUCCUGAGCAACAUCCGAAGAAUCCGACCCUUCCUCACCAACUAUGCUACCCAGCUCCUGGUCCAGGCCCUGGUACUCUCCCGCCUAGACUACUGCAACUCCCUCCUGGCUGGCCUCCCUGCGUCUGCCACCCGUCCGCUCCAGCUCAUCCAGAACUCUGCUGCUCGCCUGGUGUUCUCUCUACCUCGCUUCGCCCACGCUACUCCACUACUCCGCUCGCUCCACUGGCUCCCGAUCACCGCUCGCAUCCAGUUCAAGACUCUUGUACUAGCCUACAGAUGCCUUGAUCAGACUGCACCCAGCUACCUCCAGACCCUCAUCUCUCCCUACACCCCCACUCGACCUCUCCGCUCCGCCUGCACUAGAAGACUGGCUCUACCUCCGCUACGCUCCCCUGCCUCCCGAGCCCGCUCCUUCUCCACCCUUGCUCCGCAGUGGUGGAACGACCUUCCUACAGAUGUCAGGACUGCCCAGUCCCUGACCACAUUCCGGCGCCUCCUUAAGACUCACCUCUUCAAACAGCACCUGUAGAACUCCUCUGUUGUAUCCUGGGACACUAUCACCCUUCAUUUAAAUAUGCUUUAUUUUGCUCUUAUCUGCCCCCUAUUUUACUGCAUUUAAUCCUGUACCUCUGAAUAUUGUAAUCUCCCAAGUGUUUAAUCUGUAGUAUUUUGUACUUAAUCAUAUCCUGAUGUAACUAUCACUACUUAAUCAUAUCCUGAUGUAACUUUCACUAUUAUCUGCUGUAUUAUUGAAUUGUGGUUUGUCACACUUGAGAAUUAUUGUAUUUCUUGUUCUUAUUGUAUGACUUAUAUUGUAACACUUGAAUGUAUUUGUAUUUGCUUGCGAUUGUAAGUCGCCCUGGAUAAGGGCGUCUGCUAAGAAAUAAAUAAUAAUAAUAAUAAUAAUAAUAAUAAUAUUCUAUUCUAUAGCGACAAUUCAGCCACAGUCCAAAUAAUCAAUAAAGGUCGAUCUUCAGUACCAUUCAUCAUGAAAUUACUGCUCAUAUGGCUAUCUGUGUCAAACAAUUUCUUAAUUAAAGACAGGCAUAUGCCCGAUUCCUCUAAUAACAUUGCUGAUGCUGUCCCGUUUGCAGAUCUCCAAAUUCCAUCAGAUCACGCUUCUCCCUCUGCAACGUCCUCCCUUCCAACACCUCAUCAUGGAAUAAAUUCAUCCUUUUCCUGUUUACUUCUCUCAGCUCAGGGCUACAUGACAGCAGCUCUGGCUCCAGCAACCAACUCAUCAUACAGAACAGCAUGGAAUUCAUACUCCCGAUUCUGCGCCCAGCACCGAAUCAUCCCGGCACAGUUCAACCACAACGGGAUCCUGGCAUUUGUCGUGCACCUCUGUGACAUCCUCCAGCUGUCACCCACUACCAUUAGAUCCUAUCUGUCUGGGAUUCAACACCAUUACCGACUCCAGUGCAUCCCAGCACCCACACUCCUCCUCACUGCCUGCAGUCAGCAUGACUCUCCGUGGAAUCGAGAAGUCCCUCCCACCAACUUCUCCUAUCAGGAUGCCGAUCACGACGGACAUCCUCCUUAAGAUGAUUUCCAUCCUCCAUAACGGAUGCUUCAAUCCAGCAGACGACAUCGUAAUGGAAGCAAUCUAUAUAACUGCCUUCAUCGGGUUUCUAAGAUGCACGGAGUUCACGGUCGCAUCCUUUUCCAGGUUCCCAGCUUCAGGAAUCAAAGCGAGCAACCUCUCCUGCAAUAAAGACCAGCACUUCCUGCUGUUUUUUUUCAUCAAAAACCGAUCAGCUUCGUUCUGGACAUUGUAUUCAAUUAUCAAAGAUUAACUCUCCCCUUUGCCAUUACAGUUGUCUGGAAAAACUCAUCGCUCUCAAGAAACCCAGUCACUCAGAUCCGCUGUUUACUGACUGCUCAAGGAACAUUGUCACUAGGAACUGGUUUUCAUCUCAUAUGUCCUCUCUCAUAACUAAAGCAGGUCUGACACAGCAAUUCUUCACUCAUCACUCCUUUAGAAUCGGAGCUGCAACUUCAGCUGCCAGAGCAGGACUAAAUCAACAUAUUAUUAAAACUCUAGGUUGCUGGACUUGAUCAGCAGUUGAGACAUACAUUUGAAUGUCAGCAUCAGACAUUAUUUCAGCCCAGCAAUCCCUAGCUAGCUUGCCCGGAGUGGGGGCGCCCUCUCCGCCGGGACUACCUGAGGUUUCCACCUUAAAAAAAGUAAAAAGAAAAAAUAAAGCUGAUUUUGUUUCGUC